CUUGAGGAACUCAGCGAGUCACAGAAUGAAUUAGGUUGGAAAAGACCUCUGAGAUCGUCGACUCCAACGUGUGACUUGCUAAAACUCGGGCCGCAGUCGGGGUUGUGAGCGGGGCGGUGCCCUCGCUCUCCACAGAGCCCCGUCCCCGCUGGGCGUCACCGCAGCCCGCGCCGAGCCUUUGCUUCUGAUAUUUCGGUUUCACAAGUUCGGGUCCGGCUAAUUUCAAUCCUGCCUAAGAAAUUUCUUUUGCAGCCUUUGCCGUGCUUAAAACAAACCCUUUCCAGGUGUAAGGAGUUGUCGCUCCUCUCAACCUUUCCGCAGCUCCUGACGUACCUGCUGAGCAGCCACUGCCCUUCUGCAACAGCAACGAAGUUGUACAGCACUGGGGACACCACGAAGCCAAAGCCAGCCCGUGGCCAGGAGAACGAUGUGGAAUUAAUCUUACGCAAGCGCUGUGUGGUUGCACAAGUAGGAGCUCUCAUGAUAGCAGAGCUGCACCAUGUGUCUUUGGAGGAAGCUACAACAGGACAUGUUACAUCUCUGGACCAAAACUUCAGCCACAUACCUGCACUUCCCUUAACAAUGAUAAUUUUGUGCCUUAAGAGUGAUAAUUGUGCUGUUACCCGCAUCUCGUUUCUGAAACAGCUGCUUAAUCAAAUGUGCUAUUUUGUGCAUGCAUCAGGAAUUCGCAAGUCCCUUUUUGCGUUUCAGGAGGUGAGCUUGGUGCUUUGUCAGCACUCCAAACUUCAACUUACACUGGGAGCAGCAGUCCUCUGGGUCGGACUCCACAUGAAAAUGUUGCAUCAAUUUAAACAAGGCUGUGGUUCGAUAUAUCCAUCUGCAGUGGUGAAACUAGUUCAGGAAGUUCCCAUCCCCACAGCACGUGUUGUGGAGCUUGGCCACAACAUGCAAUUCCACAACCAGUUCUACUGGCACACCUGAAGAAAUGUUUUGUGGCACUGCAGGGAGACUCAUCAGCUAAAACUUAUUCUCAAUACACUGAAAACAUGGUACUGCCUCAUACCAUUUCAAUAGAUAUAGUUGAAAUACUGCAAAUCCCUUGACAGAAACAUUUCAGAAUCUGAGAAUCAAGGGGCCUCCUUGGCCGUGCUGGCAGAUUUGCCCCAAGCUAGGACCCUCUCUUACACUAACAGCCAGAUCUAAACUCCUGAAGUAAAAUAUAUAUAUAUUUUUUAAAUGUAGAAAACAAAAAAAAUCCUCUCUAUGUAUUUUAGUAGCACAAUGCCUUGUGACACUAGGCACAGCUUGUUUUGGUUACGUUUAUGGACUCUGGAGACUUCUGUGGGAGAGUACCUUUGGAGAUCUACUCCAAACAUGAGCAACACCAUGUGUGCCAUUGUGCCAGAGGACCGCAGUCCCAAUUAGAUGGCUUCUCUCCUGGGACAGCCUGGAACAGUAUUGCAACCAGGUCAGCUAGCAGGAGCAGUUUCAGUAACUGGCAGGGGAAUUCCAGCCCUGUGUUUUUAUCUGCAGUGACUCCCUCACUGCUGGUAACAGCUGCAGCUCUGGAUGUGAGAAGAAUCGGCUUUGCAGGAUUAAAUUCAGAUGGCUGUGAAUGCAGUGUCAUUGAUUUCAGCAAAUGGCUGGGCUUACAGCUGGGGCACCUGCAUGACGUGCUGGUCCGGCCUGACCACCCAGAGUUGACGGCUGAGUGCCAGGAGAUCACCCAGGUGGAUGUGGAGAGCCUGGCACUGGCUCCACCGCUGGAGCAGGCACUGAGACAGUUUAAUCAGUCUGUGAGCAAUGAGCUGAAUAUUGGUGUAGGUACUUCCUUCUGUUUCUGUACUGAUGGACAGUUGCACAUUAGGCAGGUUCUGCACCCUGAAGCUUCCAAAAAGAAUAUCUUACUGCCUGAAUGCUUCUACUCCUUUUUUGACUUGCGGAAAGAGUUCAAGAAGUGUUGCCCUGGCUCACCUGAAGUUAGCAAACUCGAUGUUGUGGCCAUGACAGAAUAUUUAAAUCUUGAUAAGAACAGUCCAGCAUUUCCGUAUGGAGCCUCUCAAGUUGAAGAUAUGGGGAAUAUUAUUUUAACACUAAUAUCUGAACCAUACAAUCACCGAUUUUCAGAUCCAGAAAGAGUGAACUACAAAUUUGAAAGUGGGCCUUGCAGCAAGAUGGAACUUGUGGAUGACAAUGCUGUUAUCCGAGCAAGAGGAUUGCCCUGGCAGUCGUCUGACCAGGACAUAGCGAGAUUCUUCAAAGGCCUAAAUAUUGCCAAGGGAGGUGCUGCACUCUGUCUCAAUGCCCAAGGUAGAAGGAAUGGGGAGGCUCUUGUGAGGUUCGUAAGUGAAGAGCAUAGAGAUCUAGCACUACAAAGGCACAAGCAUCACAUGGGGAAUCGAUACAUUGAGGUAUACAAGGCAACAGGUGAAGACUUCCUUAAAAUUGCAGGAGGCACUUCCAACGAGGUUGCACAGUUCUUGUCGAAAGAAAAUCAAGUGAUUGUCAGGAUGCGAGGUCUUCCUUUCAAUGUAACAACAGAAGAAGUGCUGACUUUCUUUGGCCAGCACUGCCCUGUAACAGGAGGGAAGGAGGGAGUCCUGUUUGUCACAUACCCUGACAGUAGGCCGACAGGAGAUGCCUUCGUCUUGUUUGCUUGUGAGGAAUACGCACAAAAUGCACUGAAAAAGCAUAAGGACUUGCUGGGGAAAAGGUACAUUGAACUCUUCAGGAGCACUGCAGCAGAAGUUCAGCAGGUGCUGAACAGGUACUCUUCCACACCUCUCAUUCCUCUUCCAACACCUCCUAUUCUUCCAGUAUUACCUCAACAAUUUGUGCCUCCCACAAACAUCAGAGACUGCAUACGUUUGCGUGGUCUUCCCUAUGCUGCUACUAUAGAGGACAUUCUGGAGUUCUUGGGAGAGUUUUCUACAGAUAUUCGGACCCAUGGAGUUCACAUGGUACUGAACCACCAGGGGCGUCCAUCAGGAGAUGCUUUUAUUCAGAUGAAAUCUGCAGAUCGAGCUUUCCUGGCUGCACAGAAGUGUCAUAAGAAGACUAUGAAGGACAGAUAUGUUGAAGUCUUUCAAUGUUCUGCUGAGGAGAUGAACUUUGUAUUAAUGGGGGGCACUUUAAAUCGAAAUGGCUUGUCCCCACCACCAUGUAAGUUACCAUGCCUUUCACCCCCUUCCUACUCCUUUCCCGCUCCUGCUGCAGUUAUGCCAACAGAAGCUGCUCUGUAUCAGCCAUCCGUGCUCCUCAACCCACGAACACUCCAGCCCUCCACAGCCUACUACCCUGCUGGGGCUCAGCUCUUCAUGAACUACACAGCAUAUUACCCCAGUAUGCAGCAGAGGACGGACUUGUACACACAUAUGAUCCUGCCAGGACAGUGUCCAAAGAAUGGAUUUACAUUUAAAGGCCCCAGCAGUUAGACUUCCUUAGAGAAGAUUCCUCCACCCUUUCUGAUGUUUUGAACAAAUACAGCGAGCAUAGAUGGAGAUUAUCAUUAUGUUCCCAGUUUUACUGCUUCUCAAGCCAGUUGUGCUCAAGAGAAAAAAAUCACCAGAUCUCUGGAAAUCAGCAGACGGACCUCUAACUGUGUUCAAGUUGAUGCACAAUUUUCAAACAUGCACACACAGACCACUAAGCCCUUCAUUUAGAGCACAGGCGUUGAAAUCAUGCAAGUCCUUGAGGGUUUCUCCUUGAUAAAGUGUUCAGCUGCUCUUAACACAGACAUAGUUUAGCCUCAACGUAAAAUUCUGAUCUCUUGUGUUCUUUGAAAUAGCAAAAAAGUCUUUUUUUGUCUAAUUUUGCACACAAUUCUUUUUUAAUUAAAAAAAUAUUUUACAACCUCUAAUUGUGUACUUGACAUUUUAAUUAAAAAAAAACCUUUUUUUUUUUUGGCUUGUAUAUAUGUCUAAACUGUGCAAAAGAGGCCAUUGUAAACUUUAUAUGCAGGCAUAUUUUACACAGUGCAGAAAUAAUUAGGAACGUAAAAUGGAUUAUCUGAGGGGAAAAAUGCUGUAACUUUGUAAAAGUGUACGUGUGGGAUGUUAAAUGCUUUGUCUCUGAUUCUUAUCUUGUAUGCUUUUUCAUAUACACUCAGGUAUUUUAAUUUUAAAAGGCUUACAGGAGCAUGCAUUUUCAAACUUUGCUCACUCUGCUUAGUCAGAAAACGAGAAACGUAGUUAAUGUCUCUCCUGUGCUACUACUUUUAUUUUUCCACUUCCUUCUCUACCCACCCUGCUUGGUGUUUGACAGCCUUUCAUGCAAGAGAAGGAAUUGUGAUCUCUAGUAAGACCCAGCACCUUAUCUGCUUCAAAGGAGGGUCACUCAGGGAUGGUAGUUUGAGGGUAGUCUCUCUCUGAACUAGAGCAAGUAACUCAGCACCACAACUGUCACUCUCACCAGAGAAAUCAGGUGAUAAAUGUGCUCUUACUUAAAUAACUGAUGUCUUUUAGCAGCCUCUGGUCUCCCUGCCUGCCCUGAGCCUGGGCUUCAGGCUGAGGGUUAGAUCACUACAUCUUUCCAUGGCAAUUACACUCAUCAUUUCUACUGAAGAAAGGGGGAAGGAAACCCUGAAAUAAAGAGAUUUGUGGGGCUAAAAGUUGCAAAGUGGAUAGGUUCUCUGGCAUGUUCAAAAUAAAUAUUGCAGAAGUGAGGGCUGCAAGCACUUCGGGUUUGUGGUGCUUAGAGUCCUCCUGUAUUUAGUUCCCGUGAGCCCAAAUCCACAACAGUGCCUUGCUAUCUCUGAAAGGAAGUAAAGGGGAAU